GACAAACUGCAGCUAGCUUCACAAGUACGGCUGCUUCUGCCUCUGCUCCAUUUGAACCGCCGACCGACAAGCCUGAGAUUAGACGCUUCUGCUCUCCGUGGAAGUCGCCGCCCAAAUCUCGCGACUGUCGCGAGCAAGCUUGCUAGGCCAAGGAAGGAGAGAUGAGGGAGGCGGAAGCGGAAGCCGCGUCGGCGCGGCGUCGGACGCUGGUGCUGGUGAACCUGACGUCGAUGCUGGAGAAGGCGGACGAGGUGCUGCUCCCGGCGGUGUACCGGGAGGUGGGCCAGGCGCUGGGCGUCUCCGUGACGGCGCUCGGCUCCCUCACCCUCUGCCGCGCGCUCGUCCAGGCCCUCUCCUUCCCGCUCGCCGCCUACGCCUCCGCGCGCCACGACCGCGCGCGCGUCGUCGCCGUCGGCGCCUUCCUCUGGGCCGCCGCUACCUUCCUCGUCGCCAUCUCCCGCACCUACCUCCAGAUGGCCAUUUCGCGGGGGCUGAACGGCAUCGGCCUCGCGCUGGUCAUCCCGGCCAUCAACUCGCUCGUCGCCGACUACACCGACGACCACACCAGGGGCGCGGCGUUCGGGUGGCUGCAGAUGACCUGCAACCUCGGCUCCAUCCUGGGGGGCUCCUUCGGCGUGCUCCUCGCGCCGACCACCUUCCUCGGCGUCGUCGACGGCUGGCGCCUCGCGUUCCACAUCGUGGCCGCCAUCAGCGUCGCGCUCGGCUUCCUCAUGUGGUUCCUCGCCGCCGACCCGGUCGCCAAGUCCAAGAACGCCGCCACGGCCAAGGAGGAGGCCAGGGAGCUGCUCCACGUCGCCAGGGCCGUCAUGGCGGUGCCCACCUUCCAGGUCAUCGUCGCGCAGGGGAUCGCCGGCCUGAUCGCCUGGUCGGGGCUCAACUUCGCAACCAUGUGGCUGGAGCUCGCGGGGUUCACGCACUGGGAGACCAGCAUCAUCACGGGGCUAUACCUCUUCGCCACCGCCCUCGGCGCGCUCUUCGGGGGAUCCAUCGGGGACAUCGUCUCCAGGAGCUUCCCCGACACCGGGAGGAUCGCGCUCGCGCAGAUCAGCUCCGCGUCCGCGCUUCCGCUCGGCGCCAUCCUGCUGCUCGCGCUGCCCAACGACCCGUCCACCGGCGUCGCGCACGCGGUCGUGUUCUUCAUCAUGGGAUUCGCCAUCUCAUGGAAUGCCGCAUCCACAAACAACCCCAUCUUCGCCGAGAUCGUGCCGGAGAAGGCGAGAACGACGGUCUACGCGCUGGACAAGUGCUUCGAGUCCGUGCUGGCUUCCUUUGCGCCUCUCGUCGUCGGUCUUCUGGCGGAGAACGUGUUCGGCUACAAGCCGGUUUCCUCUGAAUCCAGCGUGGAGACGGACACGGAGAACGCGGCCGCGCUGGCCAAGGCCAUGUACACGGAGCUCGCGGUGCCCAUGGCCAUCUGCUCCUUGACCUACGGCUUACUGUACUACACUUACCCCCGAGACAGAGACAGCGUCAAAAGGGGCCUUCUCAUGGCAUCGGAUGACCAGUACAGUCAGGAAGCCGCCACUGACAGUGUGAGUGCGGUUCCUACACACGAAGAUGAAGAGUCUAAUGCUGGUUCCUUAAAUCAGAGGCUCGUUUCAGCAGGACAGUAGCAGCGCCGAAGGGAGACUGUAUCAUACACUUGCAAAAAGCAAAGAACCUACUCCUAAUUUACAAUUUUUGUAUUUGCCCAUCGGUUUCAGUUCUCCGACAGUGGAACAAAACUGCCAAGAUCCUUGUGAGAUGCAUCUGUUGUACUACUACACUUACCCCCAAGAUCCUUUAAUCAGAGGCUCAUACCUACCA